AUGGCGCUCAGAAGUCGUACUGGCCUGAGAAGUCAUGCCUGUUCAUUAGUUGAGGCGCAACAGUACAUCGAAAGUGGAAAAGACAAAAGUGGGCUGACUUGUCUCUUCAUCAAUGAAAAUAUUGGACAUGGUGUGUUUACAACGCAACCCUUUAAAAGAGGGGAAUUUCGUCUUGAAUACAAAGGAGAACACAUAGAACAUAAGGAGGCUAUCCAGCGAGAAAAGGAAUCCAGCGGCCUGGGCAGAAUGGUGAACGAUGAUGUUGCAAAGGAGGCGAACUGCAAAAUGCAGGUGGUUAGGAACCACUUGUGUUUAUUUGCCACCAGGGAUGCCCCAGGGACAGAGCUGAGAUACGAUUAUGGAGUGUCAGGACUGCCAUGGAGAAAGUUUUGGAAUUAUCCAUUUCAUUAA